GACCUCAAGCACACUUGUGACUUUUUUUUUUUUUAGUCAGACCAAUAUUGUUGAACAAGUUGGUUGUUUAUUGAUAAAUGUUUUAACACUUUUAACUGACAAUAUCAUCAGUUUAUAACUAACAAUAUAAUUAAAAUUUGACAGUGUUUAAUAAACAUUAAUUAACAAAGUUAAUUAAUUUAAUUUAAUUAAAAAAAGUCGUGAUAACAAUGGCGUCAAAGCCGGAAAAUUUGGACAAUAAUGUACAGUUUUUUGAGGGCGUUGAAAAAUUACUUGAAAUAUGGUUCACCAGCUCAGAUGGUCAAAAUAGAAAACGUGAUCUUCGUGAUAUACCCAGACAUAAAUGGGAGUCUUUACUGAAGAUUGUUCGUUGCGAAAUUAUCAGCUUUUGCAAAAAUGAUGAAGUUGAUGCAUAUGUCUUGAGUGAGAGCAGCAUGUUUGUGGCAAAAAGAAGAUUAAUUUUAAAAACUUGUGGUACGACAACGCCCCUUCAGUGUCUAGAACCAUUGUUGGAUCUAGUUGAAGAGCAUACAGGAUUCGAUGAAGUCGAGGAUUUAUUUUACUCAAGAAAAAAUUAUAAACGUCCAGAGAUGCAGAUAUCACCUCAUCGUGCAUUUGAAGAUGAAGUUGCUUUGCUUGAUACUAUUUUUCCUGAUGGUGAGGCAUAUUGCUUGGGAAAUGUUGACAAUGAUUGCUGGUAUUUGUAUACACUGAGUCGUGUUAAAACUGAUCAAGAACCACGUGAGCCAGAUCAAACAUUGGAAAUAUUGAUGACAAAUCUUGAUCCAAAUAUAAUGUCAAUAUUUACACGUGAUGUAUGCUCAUCAUCAUCAGAGGCAACAAAAAAAUCUGGUAUUGAUAAAUUAAUUCCAAGUAUGAUUAUUGAUGAUUUUUUAUUUGAACCAUGUGGUUAUUCAAUGAAUGGUGUAUCAAAAAAUGGUAAUUAUAUGACAAUUCAUAUAACACCUGAACAAGAAUUUUCAUAUGUAUCAUUUGAAAGUAAUAUACCAGAAUCAUCAUAUGCUGAUGUUAUAACACGUGUAUUAGAAACAUUUAAACCUGGUAAUUUUGUUGUUACAAUAUUUGCAAACAAAGAUUCAAUUGCAUCUGAUAUACCACGUGAACUUGAAACAAAAGAUUAUAUUAAUUUUGAUAGUGAUUAUUUACGUAAUGAUGUACAAUAUUGUCGUUUUAAAAAUUAUGAUUUAUCAUGUGCAUUUUACUCAAAAUUCCCUAGCUGAUGGUUCAAUGAAGGCCCAUCUGUACUUGACAUUAAACAAAGUACAGAUAGGGCACCAAACAAACAACAUCAUCAUCAUCUACAUCAUAAUUCACUAAUAUCAUCACAAUGUUCCAAUCAAUAUCAUCAAUAUAUACCUGAUUAUUUUAAAAAUUGCACAAAUAAUACAAAACAAUUUGCCGUAUCAUUAUUAAAACAUUGUAAAAAUAUAAAAACAGAUACAAAUAUAAUAAAUAUUGAUAAAAAAUUAAAUUCAAAUGAUAAAAAAACAACAAUUAAUAUUAAUAAUAAUUAUCAAUACAUUGAAACAAAUGAAAAUAUCAAAAAUGAAUAUGUAGAAUCAAUUAAUAAAAAAAUUACAAAUCAUAAUAAUAAAAAUACAAUACGUUCUUCAUCAUCAUUACCUCAAUUAUUUGAUAAAUCAUCAUGUGGAUUAUCACGACAAAAAAUAUAUCGUAAAACAUCAUUAAAUAAUCAUCAAUCAAAUAAUAAUUUUAUAAGUUCACCAACAAAAACAAAUAUUAUUAUAAAUUUUAUUGGAAAUAAUAAUAAAGAUAUACAUAAAAAAAUCAAUAAUAAAUCAUUAUCAAUUAAUGAUAAAGCUUUGAUGGACAAUGAUAAAUUACAUAUUAUAUGUAAUCCAUUAUCAACAACAACAAAAAAUAAUUAUCAUGAUAAUAUUGAUGAUGUUAUUGAUAUUAAUGAUGAAAAAUUUCAUCAAAAAAAUAAUAGUAGCAGUAGUUGUGGCAAUUUUUUGCCAAUAUUUGGUUUUAUACCACAAACAGUUGGUAGUUUACAAUAUUUAAGUCCAAAAAUGAAAUUUUCUUGGUGGCGUAAUAAAAUUUCGUGAAGGCACGCUUAAUAAUUAAGCCCCUUGUUUCGUCAAUAAUUAUUAUUAUUUUUUUAUAGUACAUACUUGGUGCUACUUGAUCAUUUGAUCAUGUAAAAACAAACAAACAAAAAAAGGAAAAAAAUGAGCAAAAAAAUGAAAGAAUAUACACAACUUUAAUCAUCUGUCUUUAUCAUCAUCAUCAUCAACAUCAUGAACAACAAUUUUUUUUAUUUUUCACACAAUUUAUUUUGAAACUUAUUAUUGUUAUUUUGUUUUUUUUUAUUUGAAAAAUUUUAUGCAUGCUGAUUAAUGUAUUUAAAAAUAUAUAAAAUUGAUAAACAAAUAUUUUCGUAUUUAAAAAAAAUUCAACACAAAAAUCAUUGUAACUGUUAGGAUAAUAAAUAGGGGAUGUUUUUUUUUUUAUUCAAAGUAGAGAUGGUAAUUGUCUGCAUGUCAAUUAUGAUGAUAUUUUAAAUGAAAUAAUUAUUUAAAAUAAAUGUAAUCAAAAAUAACAAACUGAUAAAAAAAAAAUCAAUUAAUUACUUGGGAUCAUCGUUGUAAUUUUCUUUGUAAAAGAAAUAUUAUUAAUAAUAAUAAGAUAAAAUAAAAUAAAUAGUUGUAAUAAUUAGAUGAAAGAUAGAUGACAGUUGAUACUAUGAUGUAGCUAAUGGUGGUAGAAAUUAUUUCAAUGAUAUUAUUAUGUACGUUUAAUAUCAUCAUAAUUGUACUUUUUUGUCAUUGAUUAUAAAUAAAUAUAUUUCUUGCUGAUUUAUUAAUAAAUUAAUUAAUGCAAGAUUUAAAAUCAAUGUAUUAUUUUGUAGGUGAUUUUCACCAAAGAUUUAUUUAUGUUUUUACUUAAAUAAUUAUUUUAUUUUGUUCUUUUUUUACUUUUAUAUUAUUUGCCUUUUUUUUUUAUGAUUUAUACAAUAAAAAAUAAGACUUGUAGAUAUUUUUACAAUUUAAUUUUUUAUUUAUCAUAAUAAUUUUUAAAUAAAUUAUGAUUUACACAUUUUUUUAUAUUUUUUAUUUCAACAAAUAUUAGAAUUUUAUUUUAAUAUGUUAUCUAAUUUUUUUAUUCUAUUGCUGUGAAUUUAAAAUUAAUAUAAUAAUGACGUUAGUAAUAGACAAAAGAAAUCUAAAAUUAGACAAAAAAAAAAAGAAACUAUUUUAAGUACUGUCGUUGUAUUAUUGAUCUAUGAAUAAUAAUAAUUAAUUUUUAAUGAAAUAUAAAGUUCAGCUUCAAGAAAAAAAAAAAAGAAAAUGGUUAUAUAAUAAUUAUGAAUUAUAUUUAAUGUAAAUUAAUAAUAUAAUUAUUUUAAAAAUAUUUAAAAUUAUUAUCUGUUGAUUAAUCAAUUGUUGCAUGUAAUAAAGUUUAAAUAAAAAUAAAUAUGUUUUAAACAAGUUUAAA